AUGACUACCGAUACUGCCGAUGUUUAUGAUCAUGAUCCUGUUUAUUUUUCAUUAAAUGAAUUUGAACAACAUGAACAAAUUAAACAAUUAAUUGAACAAAUAGGAACUAUUGAUAAUCAAACAACAAUAACAAAUGAUAUAAAUGAAAAAACUGAUGUUGAACGUAUCUAUGAUCAAUUUCAAUAUAUUCUUAAUCAAUAUCAAGAACAACCACAAUUACUUGAUUCAUAUUUACCCGAUAUGAUUCAUAAAUUACUCCAUUAUAUUGAACAUGGUCCAAAUAAAAAUCAUAUAGCUGGUGCACUUCUUCAUCAUAUUAUAAAAGUUCGUGGUUUUAAAGUGAUGACAACACGUUUUUUACCUCAUGAACCUCAUCAUUUAAUUGUUGUAAUUAAUUUAAUUGAACGUGAAUUAAAAGAAAAUUCUUCAUCAGAAAAUAGUUGGGCAACACUUUAUUCAUUACUUGUUUGGCUUGGUACAACAUGUAUGGUACCACUUGAUUUAUGUCGAUUUGAUAUAAAAUCUCCUAAACAAACAACAAUGUCACAAAUAUUAAAUAUAUAUAAACAUUUUCUUUAUAAUUCAAUUUAUAUGCGUAUGGUUGCAUUUAAUCUUGGUCAUUUUAUGUCUCGUCAAGAUUCAAUCCGUCUAUUAUGUUUAAAUGAUUUUUUAACCGGUGAAAUUUUACCUAUACUUGAAACAUAUGAUGAAAAACAGAAUGAUGAAAAUAUUAUUUUACGUAUAACAGCAUGUUUACAAACAAUAUCAUAUAUAUUUAAAUUUGGACAACGUUUAAAUUUAAUAACAUAUGUUGAUUCAUUAUAUCAUUUAUUAAUUAAUAAACAAAUAUUAUAUGCUAAACGUAUUGUUAUACGACGUAUGGCAUAUAAAUUAUUACAAAAACUUGCUAUGACAUUAUUACCUAUGCCUAAACAUGGUGCAGCAUGGAGAUAUCGUCGUGGUGUUAGAAAUCUUCUUGAUUCAUUAACAUUAAAAAAGAAUACGUCAACAACUACAACAACUACGACAAUUAAAUCAUCAUUAACAAUAAAUGGACAUAGUCGUGAACAAAAUGAAAAUGGUGAAAAAGAAAUUGAAGAAGAUAAUAGCAAUGUUCCAUCAACAGUCGAACCUAUAAUUGAUUUACUUAUGGCAGGUUUAAGUGAUAAAGAAUUAUAUGUUCGAUGGUCAUCAGCUAAAGGUUUAGGUCGUAUAACAAAUCGUUUACGUAAAUCAUAUGCUGCUCAAUUAGUAUCUCUUUUAUGUGAUCGUAUAUCAACUGUUGCUCUUCUUGCCUGUGAUCAUUAUGCUUUACAAGGUGGAUGUUUAGCAUUAGCUGAACUUGCACGUCGUGGACUUCUUUUACCUGAAUGUCUUGAUUCCGUUAUGCCUAUUGUACAUAAAUCACUUAAUUAUGAUGAAAAACUUGGUCAUCAAACAUAUGGACAUAUUGUACGCGAUGCAGCUUGUUAUGUUUGUUGGUCAUUUGCACGUGCAUUUGAUUCAAUUGAUUUUCGUUCAUAUACAGCGGAUUUAGCUGGUAUGUUAUUAUGUAUAAUUUGUUUCGAUUGGAAUGUUCAAUGUCGUCGAGCAGCAUCAGCUGCUUUACAAGAAAAUGUUGGUCGACAAGGAGAAUAUUUUCCACAUGGAAUAGAUAUUAUACAACAAACAGAUUAUAAUCUUAUUGGAAAAUUUGAUUACUGUUUUUUAAUUUUAGCACAUUCAUUAAUUAAAUAUUAUGAUAUAUAUGGAAAAUAUAUGAUUGAACAUUUAUUAAAAUAUAAAAUAAUACAUUGGAAAAAAGAAACACGUUUAUUAACAAGUCAAUUAUUAGAAAAAACAACAUUAAAUUAUGGAACAAUUGAAGAUAUUUAUGAAAAUAUUUUAUUACCAUUAUUUGAUCGAUGUUUAGAUAAAAAAAAUGAUGGAAUAGCAAGACAUGGUCUUCUAUCUAGUUGUGGUCAUAUUGUUUAUGGACUUUAUCAACGUUAUCAAAGAAAUCCAAAUGAAUGUCAACGUUUAUCAGAAUUACGAGACAAUUUACAAAAGAAAAUAUCAAAUUUAUUAAUUGAAUAUAAAUCAUAUGGAUAUCUUGAAGGUUAUUCAGGUGAUCUUAUUCGACCGUCACUUUGUUCAUUUAUUGAAAAUAUAUCACAAUCAAUUGAUUAUUUUCAACAGAAUAAUAAAAAUGAAAUUUGUUUACCAAAUGAAACAAUUGAUUGUUGGCAAACAAUUAUUGAUGAAUGUAUUAGUAAUUUAGAUGAUGAUGUUAGACAAGCAGGUUUAAAUGCACUUAAAGCUUUUUCAAAUGCAUUUUAUUCAAAUAGCAGUUCAUCUCAUUUAAUCGAUCGUUAUCUUGGAAAAAUUUCUACAACAUCUCAAGAACAUAUUCGACAAGGUUUUUCUCUAGCUAUUGCAUCACUUCCAUCUCACAUGUUACUAGCAAGUAAUACAAUAAAUAAAAUACUUGAUUGCUUCUUUAAUCUAAUAAAAAUUACAAAUCAAACUCAACAUUUAAUAAAACAACGUAAAGAUACACUUAUUGCUCUAUGUAAUCUUUAUGAAAAUAUUCAUCUUGAUUCAUUAUCACCAUUUUCUAAUCAAGAUUUAAUAAAUAAAUUAAUAAAUUCAUAUCUUCGUUGUACACGUGAUUAUACAAAUGAUCGUUUUGGUGAUUCAGGUCGUCUUGUACGUGAAAUAGCUUGUACACAAUUAGUUCGUUUACUUAAAUUAAUUAAUGAAAAUAAUAAUAAUAAAUAUUUUUUAAAUUUAACUAUACUUCAUAAUUGUUUUUGUUCAAUUUUAAUAAAUGUAUGUUCAAAAAUUGAUGAUUUACGUAUGAUAAGUGGUAAAGCAUUAAUUGAAUUUUUAAAUAUUCAAUUUGAACAAACAAUUGAACAUAAAAAUGAUAUAGAAAAAAUUUUUCUUAAUCAAAAUGAUAUUGAUUGGCGUAAUUCUCAAAUAGUUUUUCCUUUAAUUGUACAAUUAUUAAUUUAUGAUAAAUAUCGUUAUGUAACAUGGUUAAAUUGUUUAAUAACAGCAGGUGAAUUAUCAAAUGCAAGUCAAGCAUUAUAUGCAUAUUUAAUAAUACAUAAAACAAAUUAUAAUUUAAUUAAUUCACUUUUAAAUGAUUCAGAAAAAAUUUUUAAUAGUAAACAAAAUUUACAAAUACGUAUUAUAAUACCAUGUAUUCAAGCAUGCGAACGUCUUUUAUCACAAUCAACAUUUGAAAAUUUUUAUGAAAAAUAUUCCGAAGAAUUUAUAAAACAUUGGAUAAAUAUAAUUCAAUUAUUAGAAGAUAUAUUAAUAAAAAAAUUACAAAUUUUAAAUAAUAAUCCAACAUUAUAUUUACAUUUUAUUAAAUUAUAUUGUUCAUUAUUACAAUUUAAUAAUAUUGAAUUAAGAAAUUUAAUAUUAAAAUUAAUAACAAAAUUUUUUCUUCAUAAUUAUCCAUGGGUAAGACGACAAGCAGCUCAAAAUUUAUAUGAUACAUUUAUUAUGUUUAAUGAUGAUUUAUUUCUUAAUGAUAAUGAUGAUAAAACUGAACAAAUUAUGAAUUUAUUAACUGAAACUGAUUGGGAACAAAAUCUAGAUGAAUUAACAACUAUACGACAAACAUUACUUAAUUUAUUCCAUAUUGAAUGA